UGCAGACGCCAGGCAGGACAAAGGCGCCCUGUGGCGAAGCGCUGGGCCUGGGCUCCUGGGCGGGAGGGAGCGAUGGACCUGAGCAAGGUGAACGAGGCGGAAGAGGAGGAGGAGGAGACCAUCACCGCCGAUGCGCUGCGGGGCAGGCCCCGGCCUCUGCCCAUCUCUGCCAUGCCGGCCUUCAGCUACAUCCCGCUCCGGCGCGAGGACCCCAAGGAGCUCAGCUACUUCCUCCGCCAGCGCCAGACAGGAGUCAUUUCCCUCUAUGACUGUGUUUUUAAGAGGAGACUAGAUUAUAACCAGGUAUUACACCGAGAUGACAGAGAACAUGCAAAAAGCCUGGGACUUCAUGUUAACGAAGAGGAACAAGAAAGGAUCGUGCCGGUGCUGGCAUCUUCUGUUUAUGGGAAGCGCAUCAACCAGCCCAUUGAGCCCCUAAACAGGGGCUAUGGCCGUGUGAACCACAUCCUGGCUGACUUCUACAGGAAGAAUGACAUUCCCAGCAUCAAGGAGCCGGGCUUCGGGCACAUCGCUCCAGCAUGAAGCAGUCCUGUGCUUUACAGGUCCCUGCUAGCACGUGAGGCUGCCGGUGUCGGGGAUGGCAUCCAACCUCACUUUCCUGUCCACAUCACCUGUAACUGCAGGGAUGCACCUUGACCAUAGGAGGAUAAGCAGAUGCAUAGCCAAGGGAGCCUUGCCUGAGAGCCUGGCCAAACACUGGUACCCAUGUUGAAAGUGUCUAGGGUAAAGAUUUUUACCUGAACUUAUUUCAGAUUAAAAGACACUGGAGACUGAUUCAUUGUGUGCUUCCUCCUGAUAGCAGCAGUUCAGUCGCUUUUGUCCACUGCCUCUCCACUUUCUAGAGAUCCUUGGGGGGAGGCGGUCACAGUAGCAGUGUGCAACUUAUUCUCUGUUACUCAUGGAAACUGUUCUGCCGCCCUCAAUACAAAGAGCUUUUCUGUAUUUCUCCAAGAGGAGAUAGAAAAUAAUGGCCUUUUGGGGCUGGGGAGAUGGCUCAGUGGUUAAGAGCACUGGCUGCUCUUGCUGAGGACUUGG